CCCCCCUCCCUCUCUCUCUCUCCCCCUCCCGACAGGCCCGCCGCCCACAUUUUUUAGCAUGCCAAAAACAGAAGGUAUCGAAAAAACACUUUCAUUCAUAUUUUCUUGCACAACAUUAUCUACAUUCUUUAUUACACAAACAACAUGUUUAUCAUUGACAAUCACUAUAUUCACACAAACUGCAUGAUCAUUUACCAAUUGCCUUUAGAAACACGAAAUAUAAAAUUGUCCUUGCAAUCUUCCUCACCAGCGGCGGAAUGUUCCUUGCUUGCCGCGGAGGAAUGUUCCUUGCUUGCCGCGGAGGAGGCGUCGGAGGGACAGUCUCGUACUGGGUUCUGAUUUGGAAAGAACCUGUUUAAGAGAAAUCUUGAAUUUGGAUCUCUUCACUGGGAAACGGACGAAAUGUGGUAGGUGCUUGGGCAUUCUGGGAGGAAGGUCUGAUCGUGUGGAUACUUGAGGUAUAGUGCUGGAAUCUGGUGAUGGGGUCAGCUACACUGUUCCUAUUUACGAGGGUUAUGCACUCCCCCAUGCUAUUCUGCAGUUGGAUCUUGCUGGUCGUGAUCUUACGGAUUAUCUCAUGAAGAUCCUGAAUGGAAGGUACAAGAAAAAUGUUGGUGAAGUAAAGGAGAAGGAUUUUGCUGGUCGUGAUCUCACGGAUGACAGAGGUUUCGAGUUCACCACCAGCGCAGAACGGGAAAUCCUUCGAGAUGUGAAGGAGAAGCUUGCAUACGUCGCGCUUGAUUUUGAGCAGGAACUGGAGACUGCAACGAACAGCUCUGCAGUAGAGAAGAGUUACGAGCUGCCUGAUGGACAAGUUAACACUAUUGGUGCUGAAGGGUUCCGCUGUCCGGAAGUGUUGUUCCAGCCAUCAUUGAUUGGAAUGGAAGCUGCAGGCAUUCACGAAACUUCCUACAACUCCAUCAUGAAACGUGAUGUGGAUAUUAGGAAGGAUCUCUACGGAAACAUUGUGCUCAGUGGUGGAUCGACUAUGUUCCCUGGUAUUGCUGAUCGUAUGAGCAAGGAAAUAGCAGCUCUUGCUCCAAGCCGCAUGAAAAUUAAGGUAGUGGCGCCACCUGAAAGGAUGUACAGUGUCUGGAUCGGAGGGUCAAUCCUAGCAUCACUGAGCACUUUCCAGCAGGUGAUGCUUAUUUAUCCUUGUAAAAUGAACCCUCAUAUUCAUCUAAUUACUUUCCUUUAGUAAGGUCUAAAGAUGAUCCAAAAGUGUGCCAAACAAUCUUCAUGUCCGUCGUCCAGUAUGUUACUCAUUCCUUAUGUGAAAUUGCAGAUUUCGUUAUGCCUAAGAAUUAAGGCCAACAAAUCUUGUUGAAAAUCAAUACCAAAAUGGGAUCUGUGUC